GACACUUUUAACUUUACACCCGUGCUGUUCGCUGCGGAGAAUCUCGCCUUUUCAUUCAUCCAGCUCAAGCCCAUCUCAUGGAUCGCAGCGCGGGGUCUGAUAACCUGCAAUCCCGCGAUACCGCAGAGGACUGCCAGGGUACCGCGGGGGAUGGAGGAGCCGCUCCAGCACCAGAAAAGCCUCCUUAUUCGUACGUGGCUCUCAUUGCAAUGGCCAUCAGAGAAAGCGAGGAGAAGAAGCUGACCCUGAAUGACAUCUACGGCUUCAUCAUAUCCAAGUUUCCAUACUACGAGAAGAACAAAAAGGGAUGGCAGAACAGCAUCAGGCACAAUCUGAGCCUCAACGAGUGCUUCGUGAAGAUUCCCCGGGAGAGCGGCGAGGAGAGGAAGGGGAACUUCUGGACGCUAGACCCAGCGUUUAGCGAUAUGUUUGAGAAGGGUAAUUAUAGGCGCAGGAGGCGCGUCAAGAGACCCUACAGACCACCAACCUUACCGUCUGGAUUUAAGUUCACCGACUCGUACUGCCUGCAACAGGAGCCCGUUUACUGGCAAAGCCCGUUCGUCAGCAGCGCCAGCUCCUGGAGCCACCAGUCCAGCUCUCCGACGCACAUCUCCAGCUACCUGCAGCCCAUGCUUGGUAACGCGCGCCCUCUGUCUCCAAACGAUUACGCUAACUCUCCCGUGAGUUAUUACUACGGUCAACACCAUCACCUUCACCCGUCCUACAGACCGUACCACCGGCAUCCGAACGCUCUGGUGCCUCUGAGCGGCAUGACUCCUCCGGUGAGCCCUGGCGGAAGCUCCAUCUCCGCCUGCAGCUACCCGCCGCACAACGGCCAUCCCGAACAGGUGCAUCAUCCGUUUGACUGACGGACAGACACGUGAAAACUGAAUAUAAGUAGGCAAAAAAAUUCAUUUGGAUCUAGAUUUGCUGUUUUUGUUACGUUAACCUUUGGAGAUGUUAAACGUGCCGUUUCAAGUCAGACUGGCUGGUUGAAAUUAGGUAGAAAUGUUGCAUUCGCUGCAUUAAUUUGUUUACUGUAUAACUAAUGGGUUUACAGUUGUGUUUUGUGGAUUUUCUCGAAUGAAAUAUUGUUACAUUGUUAAACUAUUGUUCACUUAAAAGUCAAGAGACGAAGAGCUGUUCAAAACGCACUUGGUUGUUGGCAAGUUGUCAGUUUCCAUAAAUUUCAGCAAAUGUUUAAAAAGCAUCAA